GUGUCUCACUCGCCUGCUCGACUGUGUGUUCUUGUGAUUUGGCUUUCUCUAAUCCAUUGUCAAGUGCAUUUGCCUACUAAACUUGAUAGUUUUGUUCUGAUUUCUGCGAAUGUAAUUAAAUAACUUGUUUAUUUGUUAAGUUUGUUUCAUCAUGGGCGAAGGAGGGGACGUGGAAAGCCAGGAGCAAAACCAAUUCUCCUACAACUUCUCCAACAAAAAGCCCCCUGAACGAGGAGCAGACAACUCAAUAAAGCAGAUAGCCAAGAUAAAGCGACUUCUAAAGAAACUCAAGGACACAAACACUGAAACACACCAUGAACCCAGCUGCCUAGCCUUAGACCCAUCCAUGUACGGAGACCCAACAUUUGGUCUUCUUUUUUUCUUUAUGGAGAUAUCGGAGUAUGAGGGAUAUGAAAACUCUGUGGAUUUAGCAUAUCUUAACUCUUUAUUUGAGCGAGGGGCAGACGUAAAUGCAACUGACAAGAUUGGACAAACAGUAUUGCACGACAUAGCAAGAGUACACAAGGGAACAACUGCUAAAUAUUUCAUAAGAUCUGGCAUUGACAUAGAUGUACAAGAUAGCUAUGGUAGAACAGCCCUUCAUAUCGCAGCUCAACGAGACUACGAAGAAAUGGUGCAAUUGUUAAUUGAAAGUGGUGCCAAAAUAGAGCUGAUAACGAAUGGUUCAUGUUUUACACCAUUGCAUUGUGCAGCUAUGGGAGAUGCACCUGAUGCGAUAAAUGUUCUGAUUAAUUCUAAUGCUGCCAAAGAAGCUAGAGAUUUUCGUGGUCGUACCCCACUUCUUUUAGCUGCAGAGUAUGACAGGAGAUCAGCAACUCAAAAGCUAAUAGAGUUAGGAGUAACAACAAAAGUGGUGGACUACACGGGAUUACAUGCACUUUCUAUACUUAUUGCCAAAAUGCCAAAACUAGCAACUCACGCCCUAGACCAGUGCUUUUCACUAGACAGCAAAUCAAGAGAGUUGAAGGUUUGGAUUAAUUACAUGGAGCCAGAUUUACUGGUCCCUAAGGAUGCAAGGUAUGGUUUUUCCGUGCUUGAUGAAAUUGCAAAAAGUGGUGAUCUUGACCUGGCUCAAAACCCUGCAAUCAAGGCAUUGAUUUCAACUAAGUGGAGGCAGUUUGGACAGCGAGCAGUGAUAAAAGAAAUAGGGCUUUACUUGAUAUACCUGAUCUCCUGGAGUCUACUUAUGAUUCUUACACCUUUGGUUCCACCAACAGGAGAGCCGUAUGAAAGAGGCUCUAGAAGAAUAAUCACUGAGACAGUAGCUUACAUUUUCUACAUAGGUUUUGUGUUGGAUGAGAUAGGUGAAGCAAGGUCAGGACAAAUUCAGCAGAGGAAAUGGACGAACAUGCGUAUAGGUCAGGUUGAGUCUGAUUUGAAGGUAGUAAGACCACUCUCGCCUAUGGACCGAGCAUUUCUCAACAGCGAGAUGGAGAAGGCAGUGAAACAAAAAUCUCAGUAUUUUGCAGAUUAUUGGAAUGUCUUUGACUGGAUAGUUUACUCACUUCAAUUCGUAGGCAUAGUAGUGUAUCUCUAUUGUGAAGUAGCAGCAGUAAGGGGAAGAACUGAGGAAGAAAUGGAGAAUCUAACUGAAGAGGAGCUUGAAGAUGGUAAGGUAAUAUUCAGGAGAAGAUCUCAACUCAUGGCCAUUGCUAUCUUACUGUCAUGGUUCAAGGUCUUCAAAUACCUGAGAGUCUUCAAAUCGAUGGGUCCAUUCGUAGUAAUUAUCACUCACAGUUUUGGGGAUAUUGGUAAGAUCUCUCUUGUUUAUGUGAUCUUAUAUAUUCCCAUGGUUUGCAUAUUCUAUCAAUUCUAUGGAACUCAGGGCAUUGCUGGAUAUUCGUCUGUGGAUGAUGUUAUGUUUACUGUCUUUCGAAUGAUAGUGGUGGAUGACUACAAUUACAAUAUGUUAAUUGAAAAAACCACUAAAAAACCAACUGUAGCCCGCAUUGCUGAAGAAAUCAACAAUUGUACCAAUGGAGAAGUAUUGAGCAGAGUAAAAAGGAAAGGGAACUAUGACCCCAAUUCGGUUGCACCGGGAGGUGAAGACGGUGAACUUAUUGAAGUGGAACUUUGGUGGACUCGAUUUUUGGUGGCUUAUUGGAUCCUGGUGUCAAGUGUUAUUCUGCUCAACCUCUUCAUUGCUCUCAUGAGUGACACUUUCCAGAGAGUUUAUGACAAUGCAGUUGGAGUAGCAGCGCUGGAAAAAGCUGAAAUAAUUGCGGAACUGGAGGGUAAGCUAACCAAAAAGUCACGUGACCGCUACCUGAAGGAUUUAGAAGAUAACUACUCGCCUCUCUGCGAAUUUGCUGAGAAUAAUGUAGAUGAUGAAGCAAGUGAAGAGAUAGAACGACUGGAUCAACUUCAGAACAAAAUAGACAAACUGGAGAAGGUUAUAAUGGCAUCAAAUGAUGUAUUUGAAAAGCAACUCAGAGAUCAGCAGGAUGAACAGAUAUAUAAGCUGAACCAGUUGGACAGCAAGCUCACCGAAAUUUACUUAAAGUGCAGUAGAUGAUUCUUAUAAUUGAUUUUCAUAAGAGUGUCUAAGGGGGCCCAAAAAAUAGGCAAAAGCAAGAGAAAAUAUUGGGUACCAAAUAUUUGUACUGACUUGAAUUGUUACAUUGUCACUAAUAAAUAAAUACAUUAUGUUCAUUGUUAAUAAAAUACGAAUUAUAGCUCCAAUCUGUUUUAGAGUUUUAAGGGGAAUUUUAAUUCUUUUUCUGAAGUAAUAAUCUUUAUUGCAAAUUAUAUGGUUAAUUAUUCAAUAUUAAAGUAUCACACAGUUUUGUUUCAACUGGUACAAAAAUAUUCAGUAUCAAAGAUGUAACGAUAUUCUCAGUUUACAUUAAGAGCAAAACUUC